AUGACAUUAGGUUAUGAUAAUGAAACAAUCGAUGUUCAUGCCUUGAGAGAUUUAUCAUUACAAAAUAUGGAAAAUGCUGCCUCAUACGAUAAGUGCAGAUUUGAUAGUAAUAAAGCAAAAGUUAUUAACUUCGAAGGUGGGGAUCAUGUGUUAUUGAAAAAUGAGGAAAGACAUCAGACAAAAAAGUUAUAUUCCUAUAAGGAGUUAGAUGAAAUUGAUGGAGAAGACGUUGAAAGAGACGUUGAAGAUCUAAAUCAGGAAAACGUUGAAAAAAACGUUGAUGGUAUAGAUCAGGAAAACGUUGAAAGAGACGUUGAAGAUCUAGACCAGGAAAACGUUGGAAAGGACGUUGAAUAUCUAGACCAGGAAAUCGUUGGAAGAGAAGUUGUACAUGAAGACGUUGAAAAAGACGUCAGGAAAUUGAGAAAGAAACGUUUGAGCGAACGUAAAAGUUGA